AUGGGCCCGCCGCCACGGCUGCUGUGAGCAGCUUCUUUCCCGGUGUGGCCGCCGGCGUGGGCGGGGACGGCGCGACCCUCGCGCGGCCGGGCUGCGGGCUUCCAGGCCAGCGCGCGGGGGCCGGACGGACAGCCCCACACCGACAUGUAACCAUGGACUGCAGGACCAAGGCAAAUCCAGACAGAACCUUUGACUUGGUGUUGAAAGUGAAAUGUCAUGCCUCUGAAAAUGAAGAUCCUGUGGUAUUGUGGAAAUUCCCAGAGGACUUUGGAGACCAGGAAAUACUACAGAGUGUGCCAAAGUUCUGUUUUCCCUUUGACGUUGAAAGGGUGUCUCAGAAUCAAGUUGGACAGCACUUUACCUUUGUACUGACAGACAUUGAAAGUAAACAGAGAUUUGGAUUCUGCAGACUGACGUCAGGAGGCACAAUUUGUUUAUGCAUUCUUAGUUACCUUCCCUGGUUUGAAGUGUAUUACAAGCUUCUAAAUACUCUUGCAGAUUACUUGGCUAAGGAACUGGAAAAUGAUUUGAAUGAAACUCUCAAAUCACUGUAUAACCACCCAGUACCAAAGGCAAAUACUCCUGUAAAUUUGAGUGUGCAUUCCUACUUCAUUGCCCCUGAUGUAACUGGACUCCCAACAAUACCCGAGAGUAGAAAUCUUACAGAAUAUUUUGUUGCCGUGGAUGUGAACAACAUGCUGCAGCUGUAUGCCAGUAUGCUGCAUGAAAGGCGCAUCGUGAUUACCUCGAGCAAAUUAAGCACUUUAACUGCCUGUAUCCAUGGAUCAGCUGCUCUUCUAUACCCAAUGUAUUGGCAACACAUAUACAUCCCAGUGCUUCCUCCACACCUGCUGGACUACUGCUGUGCCCCAAUGCCAUACCUGAUUGGAAUACACUCCAGCCUCAUAGAGAGAGUGAAAAAUAAAUCAUUGGAAGAUGUUGUUAUGUUAAAUGUUGAUACAAACACAUUAGAAUCACCAUUUAGUGACUUGAACAACCUACCAAGUGAUGUGGUCUCGGCCUUGAAAAAUAAACUGAAGAAACAGUCUACAGCUACGGGUGAUGGAGUAGCUAGGGCCUUUCUUAGAGCACAGGCUGCUUUGUUUGGAUCCUACAGAGAUGCACUGAGAUACAAACCUGGUGAGCCCGUCACUUUCUGUGAGGAGAGUUUUGUAAAGCACCGCUCAAGCAUGAUGAAACAGUUCCUGGAAACUGCCAUUAACCUCCAGCUUUUUAAGCAGUUUAUCGAUGGUCGACUGGCAAAACUAAAUGCAGGAAGGGGUUUCUCUGAUGUAUUUGAAGAAGAGAUCACUUCAGGUGGCUUUUGUGGAGGGAACCCGAGGUCAUAUCAACAAUGGGUGCAUACAGUCAAGAAGGGAGGUGCACUGUUCAACACAGCAAUGACCAAAGCAACCCCUGCUGUACGGACAGCAUAUAAAUUUGCAAAAAAUCAUGCAAAGCUGGGACUAAAGGAAGUGAAGAGUAAACUAAAACACAAGGAAAAUGAAGAAGAUUAUGGGACCUGUUCCAGUUCUGUACAAUAUACACCAGUUUACAAAUUACACAAUGAAAAGGGAGGAAACUCAGAAAAGCGUAAGCUUGCUCAGGCACGCUUAAAAAGGCCUCUUAAGAGCCUUGAUGGUGCUCUAUAUGAUGAUGAUGAUGACGAUGACAUUGAAAGAGCAAGCAAGUUAUCUUCUGAAGAUGGUGAAGAAGCUUCUGCUUAUCUCUAUGAGAGUGAUGACUCUGUUGAAACAAGAGUGAAGACUCCUUACUCAGGUGAAAUGGACUUACUAGGAGAGAUUCUUGAUACAUUAAGCACACACAGCUCAGAUCAGGGGAAGCUGGCAGCUGCAAAGAGCUUGGAUUUCUUUAGAUCAAUGGAUGACAUUGAUUACAAACCUACGAAUAAAUCUAAUGCUCCUAGUGAGAAUAACCUGGCUUUCCUCUGUGGUGGUUCUGGUGACCAAGCAGAGUGGAAUCUUGGGCAAGACGAUAGUGCCCUCCAUGGCAAACACCUCCCUCCAUCUCCUAGGAAGCGGGUUUCCUCUAGUGGUUUGACAGAUUCUCUGUUUAUCCUGAAAGAGGAAAACAGUGACAAGCACCUCAGUGCUGACAAUGUGAGUGACCCUACUUCAGGACUGGAUUUCCAACCCACUUCCCCUGAAAUUUCCCAGACUGAUAAAGGAAAAACAGAAAAGAGGGAAACACUAAGCCAGAUUUCAGAUGAUCUGCUUAUACCCGGUCUUGGGCGGCAUUCAUCGACUUUUGUUCCUUGGGAGAAAGAAGGGAAAGAAGCCAAAGAGACUUCAGAAGAUAUUGGACUGCUACAUGAAGUAGUGUCUUUAUGUCAUAUGACAUCUGACUUCCAACAAAGCUUGAACAUUUCAGACAAAAACACAAAUGGAAACCAAGCUUAAAUCUUGCAUCCAAGCUUCUAUGGAGACAUUUUGAAAUUCACUGCAAUCUGUGUAAUAAACAGAAUUAUUUGUAGGAAUGGCAACGCAUACUAUUUAAAUUUUUUUUUUUGCAUUUGGAACAUUUUCCUCACUUGUUCAUUUCGAGGAUAUAUGAAAUGCAUUGAUUUUUAAAUAUAAAGCGAAUUCUACUGUGCUUUUAAAUCAGGUACUAGUUUGUAUGUAUGUUUAAAGUAUGUAUUGAACAUGAGAUUUCCCAGUGUUUGGUGCUUAAUGCCAUUCAUUUUAUUUAAGCUAAGAAUGCAUAUGUAACCCAUGCACAUAACCAGUAGCUACUAUACUAAUCUGGUUGAGCAUGAACUGAUCAAGAUAUCAAAACUUAUCAAAACUAGCCUGAAACUGAUGAAACUGUUAACCCACUAAUUGCCUUAAUCUUAAAGCUAUAUUAAGCAUACUUAAAUAAUGUAGGAAAGUAUGUAUAAAGUUUGAAGGAUAAGUUAUUAGUGUUCUGCAGAGCAAUAAUGCCUUUUUCUAUUCAUCAAAUCAAGGUCAAAAUUCAUCUUUUCAAGAUUAAAAAGCUCUCUUAAUGGAAAUACUUAAUUUGCUUAUAUAAAGCACUAUAGCCAUGUUUUCCAAAAAGUAUAAAAAUACACAUUUACCUUUCAUUCAGUGAAAUAUAGGAAGUGCUGAAUUACAAUGUGAAGUUAAUGACUUCUGUUUACAAAUGAGACACUCUAAUGAGUUUUCACAGUCUCUCUGUAUGCCUUUGCUGUUUAGGGGUCCACCCCAAGAAAGCCAAAUACAACAUAAACUGUCCUGACAAAAAAAAAA